AUGUUCUUACAAUUUAUAGAUUUAGAAGAAAUUAUUUCAAAUCUUCAGGAAAAUCCUCAAAAAGAUAUAAAAUGCAGCAAAAUUAGAAAUAUUCUUGCAUCAAAAGCAUGCCGUUCUAGCAUAAUGAUCGGAGAUGCACUUGUAUUAAGUACAAUGAAAAAUAUUGUAAAACAUAUGGGGGAAAUGAAUAAUCCAUGGAAUUGUCCUCAUGGAAGACCAACAAUUAGAAUGAUUGGAAAAAUUUCAUAA